CUUCCUCUAACUAUAAUGGCAUGCUUUUUAUCAGCCAAGUCCUGAUUCAAGGGUCUAUGUAUGUUUAACAGUACUCCUGCUAUGACUACUAUACAAGUGAAAGAGCCACCGGGGUCUGCUGAGAGAAUGCCCAGAGAUGUAAAGCUUGCCCAGACAAGCUCAGCGGACUGUGCUCGGAAGGCUGCCCAGCUUCGAGCUUCCAUUAAGGAGAAUGUGGAGCUGAUUCGACUUAAGAAGCUCUUGUAUGAAAAGAAUGCCUUGCUGGCAGCCACAGAAGCCCGAUUAACACAAGUUCAAGAGGCAUAUGAAGACUUGCUCCAGAAGAAUCAAGGAAUACUGAAUGCAACCCAUGAUGCCUUCCUCAGCCAAGUGAGUGAGCUCCAGGCAGAGCUGACAGAGCAGAGCAAGAAGGCCAUGAGCUUGAAGGCACAACUGGAAGAUGUGUCUCUCUUGCAGAUAACUCUGAACGAGUUUCAGGUCAGAGUUGAAGACUUGGAAAACGAACGAAAAUUGCUAAGUGACAGUUAUGGCAAACUCUUAGAAAAGUAA